AAGAAAAUAGGCUUCAGUGUUUGGAUUAUGGUAUAGUAGGAUUACUUAAUCCGUGACGCAGCAGAAUAACAAGUCAGUGUGCGCAGUGAACAGUCUCAUGAGGACAAGCACCGGCAAGCAUGUUGCGUCUGCCUGUUGUGAGCCGUGGUCUCUUCCCAGCUGUUGUUACGAAAGGAGGCGCGGCUGCAACCAACAAUGCCCGAACUGCAGCAACAGCAGCAGCAGCCACUGACCUGAUAGAAGUGUUCGUGGACGGGAAGCCUGUUGCUGUAGAGCCAGGAACCACUGUUUUGCAGGCAUGUGAGAAAGCAGGAAUGCAGAUUCCUCGCUUUUGCUACCAUGAACGUCUGUCGGUGGCUGGAAACUGUCGUAUGUGUCUUGUGGAAAUAGAGAAAGUUCCCAAGCCAGUGGCAGCCUGUGCUAUGCCAGUAAUGAAGGGCUGGAACAUUUUAACCAACUCUGAUAAAACAAGGAAAGCCAGAGAGGGUGUGAUGGAGUUCCUACUGGCUAACCACCCAUUAGACUGUCCAAUUUGUGAUCAGGGGGGUGAAUGUGAUCUGCAGGACCAGUCCAUGCAGUUCGGCAGUGACAGGAGCCGCUUUACAGAGGGCAAAAGAGCUGUAGAGGACAAGAACAUUGGCCCCCUCAUCAAAACUAUUAUGACUCGAUGUAUUCAGUGCACUCGAUGUGUGCGUUUUGCUAGUGAGAUUGCGGGUGUGGAGGACCUGGGCACCACUGGAAGAGGAAAUGACCUGCAGAUAGGGACCUAUGUGGAGAAGAUGUUUAUGUCAGAGUUGUCUGGGAAUGUCAUUGAUAUAUGCCCAGUGGGAGCUCUGACUUCUAAGCCAUAUGCAUUCACUGCUCGCCCAUGGGAGACCAGAAAAACUGAAACCAUUGAUGUUCUUGAUGCUGUGGGUAGUAACAUUGUGGUGAGCACACGGGGAGGUGAAGUGAUGAGAAUUCUGCCUCGUAUUAAUGAAGAUAUCAAUGAGGAGUGGAUCUCAGACAAAACCAGGUUUGCUUACGAUGGACUUAAACGGCAGAGACUUACACAGCCUAUGGUGAAAAGUGAGUCUGGGCAGUUGGUACCCACAACCUGGGAAGAUGCACUGACACGUGUUGCUGGAGCAUUGCAGGGAGCUGAAGGAAAUGAUGUGGCUGCAGUUGUUGGAGGUUUGGUUGAUGCAGAGGCUCUGAUUUCCUUGAAAGACUUGCUAAACCGUUUGAACAGUGAAAAUCUGUGCACAGAGGAGGGAUUCCCAAUGGCUGGAGCAGGAUCUGAUUUACGUUCAAGCUACCUUCUUAACACCGGGAUUGCUGGCAUUGAAGAGGCAGACCUGCUGCUUCUGGUCGGCACCAACCCACGGUACGAGGCUCCUCUGGUGAAUGCACGAAUCAGAAAAAGCUGGCUUCACAAUGAGUUGCAAGUUGCUCUUGUGGGAAAGGAAGUCGACCUAAGUUACACCUAUGACCAUCUUGGGGAGUCGCCCAAGGUUCUUCAAGACAUUGCGUCAGGAAAUCAUCCAUUCUGUCAGGUCUUGGCUAAAGCGAAACAUCCUGUUGUUGUAGUUGGCAGCAGCUGCCUGCAGAGAGAGGAUGGAGCUGCGAUAAUGGCUGCUGUGUCCACUAUCGCUCAGAAUGCCCGUGUCAGCAGUGGAGUGGAGGAGAACUGGAAGGUUCUCAAUGUUCUUCACAGGGUUGCCAGUCAAGUUGCAGCUCUUGAUCUUGGGUUCAAGCCAGGAGUAGAAACUUUAAGAAAGAACCCACCUAAAGUUUUGUUUCUUCUUGGUGCUGAUGCUGGCUGUAUUACUCGUCAAGACCUCCCAAAGGAUAGCGUCAUCAUUUAUCAAGGUCACCAUGGUGAUGCUGGUGCACCAGUGGCUGAUAUCAUACUUCCUGGAGCUGCAUACACUGAGAAAUGUAGCACCUAUGUGAACACUGAGGGCCGCUCCCAGCAAACCAGAGUGGCUGUGACUCCACCAGGAAUGGCCAGGGAGGACUGGAAGAUCAUCAGAGCCAUAUCUGAGCUUGCUGGAGUACCUCUGCCCUAUGAUACCCUUGAUGAAGUACGUCAUAGAAUGGCAGAGGUUUCCCCAAAUCUGGUGCGGUAUGAUGACGUGGAGGAGGCCAACUACUUUAAGCAGGCUAAUGAACUAUCUAAGGCAGUGAACCAGGCUGUUCUUACUGAAUUGUUAGUACCUCCUCAUCUUACUAUCAAAGACUUCUUCAUGACAGAUCCAAUAAGCCGAGCCUCCCAGACGAUGGCAAAGUGUGUGAAAGCAGUCAAAGAAGGAGCACAAGCUGUGGAUGAGCCAGCCAUAUGCUAAGACACAACAUACAGCCGUCCGAUUCUUGACCAACUGAUACGCACAAUUCCUGUAUUUGCACAUUCCUAGCUUAUUUGCACUUGUUUUACAGUCACAUAUGUUUUAUUAUAGCAGAUGCCUUGUACUGUACUAACCUACUGAAAUAUGUCUAUGCAGUAUUUGCAGAUUGAAUAUGUAAACUCCACGAGCAUUUAAGUAGAAAUGCAAACCUGACUUUGUUUUACCUAUUAGGACAUUUUCUUUUUAUUAGCUGUGACCAAAGAUUUUAAAUGAUUAUCAUGCACAGGUUAAUAAUAUUUAGUUUUCCUGUUCAGUUGAUUAAAGAUGAUAUUUUUCCUAAAGGUAAAUGGAAUUUAGUAUUGUAAGUGCAGUUCUAUGUACCUAAAUUAAUAAACUAGUUUUCUGUAGGAAA